AUGGAAAUGAAAAAAUUUGCUAAGCCCAAGACAUUAUGGAAAAUGAGCUCGACCAAUAAACCUUUAUUAAACAGGGAUAUGGAAGUCAGUCCUUUGAAGAAAUUCACUAUUCCCAAGAUCAGGAGGACAGCUGAGAAAGUUUUCUUGUCAUCUUGUUGCACUAAUACUAGGGAGUAUAGUUUCAUACAUGACACUUUGAAGCAGUGCAGGCUUGAUGUAAGCUGUGAUCUACGGGCAACUUGGCAAUUUGGGGAUACAAAACUGAUUCACAAUGAACAUCUAGAAAAAAAAUUUACUGCUAAGAGGUCAGAGAUGCGUGAGAGUGGAAGGCAUGGCAGAGAACUUGAAGAACAUUUUUGCUUUUUAGCACUUGCUCAGCGUGACAUGAUAGAAAUUUAUCAACAUGGGAUAAGGACUAAUGCAUCGGCACUGAAGAUACUGGGAAAUCCUCUUCUUGGGAUUUAUAUAUUUAGACAUGUUGAUGUUGCCUUGAAUUAUGCUCAUAGUAGAAGCACUGCUGUAGAAAGUAUUGUAAUUUUUAAGGUUCUCUUUGGAAAAGUGAAGAAAGUUCAGCCUUCUAUGGAUAAAAACAAAGUUUCUUUGGAUCCUUCUCCUAACUUUGAUUGCCAUAUGUCAAGAACUAUACCUUCUGUGAAAGAAACUAUUGAGCUACAAGCCUAUAAUUCAGCGGUAUACUUCUAUGAAUAUGAUACGUAUUCAAAGCCAGUAGAUAAACCAAGGCAGUGUCUACCUUAUGCAGUGGUAACAGUAAAAUUUAUUGGUCAAAAAGUAGAUAAUGGGCACCUUAUACCAUCUUUAAAAGUCCUUGCACCCAGAGUUACUCAAAGACCUGAAAGAACAUGCUCUCUGAAUAACUGUACAGUGGCCAAAAGAAUUGGAAAAGGAAAAGAUGCAACUGUCAUUUUUGAACACUUUGGGAAAAAUGUAGACUCAUAUGUUGAUGAAAGCUGUUUAUGCAGUGCAUUAAAGUCAGAGUUAAAACAUUCCAACUCAAAUACUUCUAAUUCCAAUGGAAAUGUACAAAAUGGAAACAUUUCUAAUUCUGACACAUGCAGUGGACAAUCAGAGAACAAUUCAGAAAUCAGAGACACUUCUCAAGUAUAUGAUUCAACUCCUUUCAUGCCAAGAGACAGUGGUAAUGAAGACCUUUUGUUAAAUUUGGCAUACCUUAAAAGUAUUUUAAGUAGUAUUUCUGUUCCUGUUCCCCUACAAAAUAAUACUGCCUCAAGUACAGUUAUUACUUCAAAACUCAUUAAAGACCCACGAUUGAUGAGGAGAGAAGAAAGCAUAGGAAAGCAGAGUAAUAUUACAGGCUUAAGUGUUGGUAUGCCAGUCGAUAGGAAUUUAGAUCACAUUAGUUCAGAAAUAAACUUGUCAUUUUUGCCAACUGUUUCUGCCUCAUCUGAAGUUGUCCCUAGAAGUGAUACUAUUCUUGCUAAUUGUCUGGAUGCUUCUUCCUUCACAUGUUCUUUUGAAGAUUCACAAUCUCAGACUCACAGCAUGAUGUCAGAGAACUAUCAUUGUACAGCAUCCAAUAAGAAUACCAAACCAGAACAGUAUAAAGAUCAAGGCGACUUUCACUUGCCAAUUUCCUUGUCAACUGUAGUUUCAGAAGUUGAGAACCAGAAUCACAAUGAGGAGAAAGCACAGAGUACUCAAGAGAGAAGCAGCAUGCCACUUUUAAUUGAACAAAACAGUGAAUCAUAUAACUAUUAUGAAUCAAUGAAUACAAGGGAAUCUAAGUCUCAUAUCACUCAGGAAUCACAGGCUUAUAAUUUCAUUACUGUGCAUCAGAUUGGUCAUCAAAUAUCCACAGUUGCCCCAUUCCAAAAGAAAGGAAGCAUAGAUGAAUACAUUGAGAACACUGGAAAAAUGAGAACAGGAAACUUCAUUGAUUCAGAAGAUAAUUCCAAACAUGGAGGAAUGCAAACUUGGUGGAAUGAAAGUAAUAAUCAUCUUACUAAAGAAACAAAAAUCAGUCCAAUUGAUGAUUGCACUUCCAUGUCCCAAGAAGAUAAGAGGCUUGAUUCUUUAGUGGACAACUAUGAAAAUACAUUAGUAACUAAAGAAGUAGAACUGUCAAAAUCUCCUAUAUCUACAAAGGAAAAGGGUAAAAUAGAUGACCUAGCAUUGCAGUUAGAAAGUAAUCUUACCCCACAUUUAGAAUGCCUUUCCCAAAAGCAUCUUCAACACUUUUUCGACUAUGACAGUAGAAUCCAUGAACGUUUUAGCAUUGCUCAACAGUUGAUAGAACUGAAAUUGGAAGAAAGAGAUAAAAAAUGUUUUAAUAUUAUUACUGAUGCUCUCCAGGAAGCACAAGACAUUCCCCAGAUGAAAGAACUGCUUCUUGAUACAGUUAUUUCAUCUACAGUUAAAACUGCUCUUGACAGUUCAGAAUGUAGCAUAACUGAGGAAUGUGUGUCUGUCCAGAGGAAAAAUGAAAAUGAGCCAGGAUCAUUAGAAAACAUUCAGAAAGACUGCAAAGAAACUCUUGGUAGUGAAAAUGAAUGCCAGGAUAUUCUUUUUUGUAAUGCAAACUUAAAUGAUGACAUAUACCUGAAUAUUAAAUUCAUAGAGCAAGGUGAUAAUAAAGAGAAUCAAAAUGAAGCUGGAGAGAAAACAACAUCAGAAAACAACAUGGAGGUUAUAUAUGAAAGUGAGAAGCAGGGUUUUCAUACCCACAAUAUUUUAACCAAUAUUAAUGAGAAAGUAGAUAAUAAAAAUUCCUACCAAGUAGAAAUGUCAAGUCCUAAAGAACUUUCUACGUUUAACUUGAUUUGGAGAAAAAGUAUAUCAACAGAAACUGCUUUAUUAAAGAGCAAAGGUGAUGUAAAAAAACAAAAAGAUAGACAAAAUACUGGAAAAAAUGUAGAGAAUUGGACUUCCAUGACAAUUUCUGAAAAUUUGAAUUCUUCCCUAGAUGUCUCAAAUGCUGCAGUACAUGUAACUAGUACUAUUUCUCCAGUAAGCACAAAUCCUAAAGAUCACCAAAGAUUCCUGUUGAAUGAAACUUGUAAUUCGGAGAGUCCAGAUUUUGGUCUGUUAGUAACACAUAAGGCUUCUGAUUGUGAAAUUGAUAGGGAUAAAAAUAAUUCACAAGGUUCAUUUCAUCCACCAGUGGAUGAGAACUUACUCCUUCAAAAUUUUGAAUUGGAAAGUGAGAUUGAGAUAGAAACGGAAGAGUGUGGUGAUGCUUCUCUGUUUCAACAAGGUAUAAAUACCCAUGGAAAAGUGCUUUAUGAUGAAGUUGAGGAUGCAUGUGAGAUGCUGACGCCCCGUAUUGACUGGGGAGGUCUAUUUGGAAGCAGUUAUGAAGAGAUAGAGGCUUCCUUCACAAGAGAGAAUAGCAAUUGGCAUUAUUUAAAGGGAAAUGGUUGUGUUUAUUCCUCUACCCCAAACAACACAAGAAAGCUCCUAAAGACAAUUCUUCCAGAUCUACAAAUUAGAAUUACUAAUGACUUAUUUAGACCAGGAUUUGAUCAUACUGAUGAUUCUCUUCCAAUGAAAGAUAAUAGUCACGAAUGUAUAAAUGAAGUUACUAAACCAGAAAUAUAUGAAGAAAGAACUCCAGGAUUUGAACUUUAUUCUCAGCCCUGGGAUGAAAAUUCCAUUUACUCCUGUGAAGAUAAACUUGAUGAUUCCAUGCAAGACUCAAGACUUGGGAGUAAAUUUCAAAUCUGUUCCUCUAACUCAAGUCACAACAUUCCUGUGAAUCAUGCAUCAGAUAAACUAAACAGUGAAACUUUGUCUACUGAACAUUCUAACAUCACACCAUUAAUUGAGAACAAAUGUUCCUCUGCAAAUUCAAAAAAAAUUACUGAUACUAGAAAUAAAGGCAUGGAAUCAAGAAUUAGCAAAAGAAAGCUAGCAAAUAAAGAUUUAAGACAUCAUGAAAUUUGUGGUAAGAAGAAGAGAGAAACUAGUCAAGACUCAUCUGAACAUUUUUCUUUAUUAUCCCAAGGACGAAUUAAAACAUUUUCGCGGUCAGAAAGAAACAUUAGGAAUGUUCUGGAUAUCCUAAGUAGUGAAGCAUCUUUAUGUAAAAGCAAACGUCUUUCCAGGAAACUAGAUAAAGCUGUUCUUCAUUUAAAAAAAGCUCAUCGAAGAGUUCAUACAUCUUUACAGCUUAUAUCUAAAGUGGGAGAGAUAAAAAAAGGUCCAUUACCUAAAGCAUAUGCAAUAAUCUGCAAUAACUUCUGGGAGAGUUGUGACCUUGAAGGUUAUAGUUCUGAAAGAAGGUGGUAUUCUAAGCACUUUUUCUCCAAAAGGAAAUAUGACAGACAGGGAGAAAAAAGAGCUAUAGGAUUUGACACUGAUAAAUCAUUAGUCCAGAUGUCAAAGCACAGGUCUUAUAAGUCAAAUGGAGACACUAUGCUGGCGUGCCUUUCAAAGAAAAGAGUGGCCAAUAGUGUAUCCAGAAGUCACACCAGUGUUCACAGAGAACUUUGUGACCAAGAACAACAUCCUGAGUCAGAGUUGGUCCUCUCCUCUACAUCCCAGACUCCAUCACAAUGUGAUGAUAGCAGAAAUCCAGCAUCAUCAGAACUUCAUCCCUUUUCUGAAGUAACUGAUGAGAAAAUAACUGAAAAAGAACAUGUUGAUGAAACAUUAUCUAGCAGUAAACAUGAAAGUCUUGAGAACCAUUCAACAAUUAGUAAUACAGUUGAUACAACUAAAGAAAAUUCUGAAGCCAAUGCAGAAACAAAUGAACUUUACUCAGUAUCUUUAAGUUGCAUGAAGGAAAACAAUGGAAGCUAUGGUACUGACAAAAAUUAUGAUACACCUUGUACAGCUCACACAAAAGUGAAAGCUGACAUUAAGGUCACUUCGGUUUUAAAGUCAGACAUGAAGCAUGUUGUAAAUGUUGGAGUCUACAAAGAAGAUGACAUUAUUAUAUCUGGUUGUAAGAGAAAUGAAGUCAUUUUUCCUGUAGUAGAGUGGACAGCUCCUAUUGAGAGCUCCACACCAAGCAUUAUUACAGGAAUUAUGGAUCCACUAAACUUGAGUUUGGUAACAGGGAAAACGUAUGGUGACCCUCCGUUUUUUUCUACCACUCCCAUGACAUAUAGUGAGGGAGAAUCUUCAAAGUCUUUGUUGAAUAAGCAGAUAAUGUUUGCUACAGAUCCUGUGAUGACAUCAACUACUGUAUCCCAUUGUCAGAAGAUAGGUGAUAGAAAGAGUCUUCUAAAGAUAAAAGAAUUCUCAAGUAAUUGUUCUCACAUAGAUAUGUGUGAAACAAAUGUUUCUAAUCAUUCUGAAUUGGAUCUAAUGUCAGCAAUUGAAGAAAACAAAUAUGAGAAAAACAGGCAAAAGCUAUUUUCCAAAGAUUAUCUGCCUUUAAAAUGUGACGUGAAAGAUUCUCUGAAAAGAUGUAUUGCAAAGAAUGACGUUCAGAACACAAAAUUUAGAAAUGAGGAAAAAUCAGAAAAGGCAGAUUUAGUUUACAAAAGCAACAUGCAUAAAGCAUCACCUGUUGGGAUUGAAAAUAAAAAUCAAAAGAAUAAGAUCCUAAAAGAAAAAUCCUCUCACUUAAGUAUGAAAACAAGUAAAUUGACUGAUUCUCAUCUACCCCUUAUGAAUAAAAUAUCGGGGGUAAUCUAUUUGAAUAACAGAGACUCUCAUCAGCUUAAAAGAAAGAAGCAAGGGAAAAGGAAAGUCAGUAAUGACUCUUGGUCUGACUGUAUUUCCAAACCAAGCAUUCUAAGAACUAAUCAUGUGCCUAUUCCGCAUAGUCACUGUGAAACUUCAAAAGUGACUCCUCUUCAGAAGACACCUAUAUCAUACUCGAGUCAGUCAAAGGAAAAGCACUCAGAUAAUCAAACAUCUUUCAUAGCAGAACUAUCUCAAAUUUUGCAGAGGGCCAAUGAAGCAUCAUCUUUAGAAACGCUUGAGAAGGAAACUAAAGUUUGUCGAGAUAUUCUCCCUUUAUUUGUUGAAGCUUUUGAAAGAAAGCAAGAAUGUGCACUUGAACAAAUCCUGAUUUCAAGGGAGUUGCUUGUAGGACAAAACUUGUGGAGUAACUGCAGGCAUAAAUUAAAACCAUGUGCUGUUGACACUUUAGUAGAACUUCAGAUGGUGAUGGAAACCAUUCAAUUCAUUAAAAACAAAAAAAGGCUCUUAGAAGGUGAACCAACAUUCCGAAGCUUGCUUUGGUAUGAUGAGACAUUGUACAGUGAACUGCUUAGCAGACCACGUGGAUAUCAACUGCAGUCCAGUUUCUAUCCUGCUUUUCAAGGAAGAUUAAAAUAUAAUGCAUUCUCUGAGUUGCAGAAUUACCAUAAUCAGUUACUUGAUUUGUUGGCAGAAACAAAAAGAGAAAACAGUUCAUACUAUGCAUUCUUAAAAUACAAACGACAAAUUAAUGAAUGUGAAGCCAUAAUGAAGCACUGUUCUGAUUGCUUUGACUUUUCUCUUUCUAUUCCAUUUACCUGUGGAGUUAACCUUGGAGAUAGUUUAGGAGACCUAGAAAUCUUAAGGAAAAGCACUUUAAAGCUGAUUGGUAUUCAGGAAAGCUCUCCUAAAGUUCACUCAUACACAGGAAAAGAAGAUCAUUUCUGGAUUAUCAUAGAAAUGAUUGCCUCAAAAGUUAAUUUUAUCAAGAUCAAUGAGGAAGCAAGUAUAAAAACCUCUCUUUAUGGUCUGGAACACAUCUAUUUUGAUGCUGCAAAAAAUCUUGUUUGGAAAGAGAAGAGGUACUCUUUCAGUAGAAACUCACAAAAGAACAAAGAGAUGCUACUUGAAAUGAAUGAAUGUGCUUUUGCUAAGCUUCAGAGUAUAUAUGAUACCUUGUCUAAUGACUUAAACAGUGAACCAACUUCCAAUAUUGGGCUUGAUGAGGAUGCUGUGACUUUUUCCAGAAAUCCAGACGAUGUCAUUAUCACAGAAAACUCUAGACUUAACAGUGCUUUGCUCUCACGCCCAGAUAUUUGUUGUAUUGGUGAAAUACUAGAUCAAGCUGAAGUUGCAGACUUAAAGAAAUUACAAGAACUCACUUUGAGAUGUACAGAUCACUUAGAAAUUUUAAAAAAAUACUUCCAGAUACUGCAAGAAGAUAACAUAGAUAACAUUUUUAUCACAGAAGAAAAUAUUUUGGAUGUGCUGAGAAAUGACAACAAGGGGGCUAUAAUUUUGAAACCUGCAGCCAUUGAAACAUAUAUUGAAAUUGUCAUGCUCUCAGAAACAGUUCACUUUCUUAAAAACUCAAUGGCAAAGAAAUUAAAUAACCAGAGAUUUCGAAGUAUGCUUUGGUUUGAUUUGUCCCUUCUUCCUGAGCUGAUUCACUGCCAGGAAAAAAUGGCUUCCUUUUCAUUUCUUAAUGAUGCAACAGACUGCCUUUGGAAAGUGAUAGAGACAGCUAUUUCUGGAGUUAUGGAAGACAUAAAUAUUAUCUACAAAUAUAAUGAAGCUGUUAAUUGCUCAUAUGCACUUCACUUAUUCUCAAGAGAACUUAAUGAGCUUUCAGAAAUUAAAAAGCUUGUGGUGAAAUCUAAAUAUUCCAUUUCCACAUAUAUUGACUUUGUGCCCUGUAUAGCAUCCAUAAAUUAUGGAAACACUGUGACAGAGUUAGAACAUAACUACAGCCAGUUUUCUAUGCUACUUAAAAGUACAAUGUCUGUCCCUCAGAAAGAUUUAGGAAAAGUUGCUCAUAUUACAAAAGUCAUGAAAACAAUUGAACAUAUGAAGAUUAUAUGUGCUAAAGAUGAUAAAUUAACCACUUCAUUUAUCUUCCACCAAAUACUACAUAACAGAAGGGAUACUUCCCAACUAAAGAGAAAAGAAAAGAGUGGUCCUCUUAUGAAACAUGAGGAAAAUAUCAAUAAGCCUAGUACUUCUAUACAAACUCCCUCAAUUUCAGAGUGCCUAGUGAAAAGCAUGCCACAUUCCACUUCUAAACGACCUAUCACCAUGGUUAAACAUGAAGAUUCUCAGGAAAAAGAGAAUACUGAAGUAUCUGGGUGUAAAAAGCAGAAGGUUAGCAUGAAUGAUACAUCAAAAAUCAACAGAAAAAAGGCAGCAUUCAGUUCUCCAAGGACUACAAAAUUUCAGUCCAAGAGUGAAAAUGAAACAGGAUCAAGUUUGAAAAGAAACUAUGUAUUUUCAACAAAGGAUGAACUGAAAAAAUCACUACCUGGCUCACUUUUACCUUUAAAGAAUCUACAAGAGAGUGGCACAUCAAAGUCAGAAAGCAAAAUAGAUUUGACACAUAGCUCAUCUGAUGUUUCAGAAUACCUCACUGGACACCAGGAAAGUUCAAAUAGCAUAAGGAAAAGAAAUGUGAAUUUUAAUGCUACUGAAACAAUUGAUAAAGAUUGCCCAUUUAUAAUUUGUGAUCAAAAAAGCAUAGCUGACACUUUUUCAAAAGACCUUGAGACAUUGCCACAUGAGUUACCUAAAACUACCCCAAAUCCUGCCCAGAGCGUUUAUCUUUCAAACAGAAAACUAGGACCUGAUGGUUCCCUUAAUUCAUCCGUGAUCUCUGAAGCUCCUUUCCAUUCUGUGAGGGAUAUCCAUACCCAUCUAGAGGUGAAUGAUACAACCUUUGAACAUCAAGAUGAUGAGAUAAUAAAUGUUUCUAUUAAAGAUUGUACAGGUACCCCUUCUCCAGAACCCAUAUAUAUUCAGAACCAAAUUCCUGUUCUGCCAGUACAGAAAACACAGCUUGUAACAACUCAGUCUCAGCAGAAGGAUAGGUUGAAUUCCACUACUGUACCUUUUGGAGCACGUGGGAGGUCGAUUGUUGAUGUUAAUUACACUGCAGAAAACUCCUUUUCUGAAGGACAAGAUGAAGAACAUCCCCAAACUCUGGAUCAGAAGGUUGACACAUACUGGAAUGAGCUUCCCCAGUCUGUAUACACCCCAGUAUAUAAUUCUUCUGAGUACUCAUUUGGGACUUCAUAUCCACACUAUUCUUGUUAUGUUUAUCAAUACAGCAGCAGCAAUGGCAAUGCCAUUACCCACACAUACCAAGGAGUAACGUCAUACGAAGUACAGCCACCACCACCUGGAAUUUUUACUACAAUUACAAAUACUGUUCAAAACACACAUUCUAGUCUUCAAUACUCCCAGUAUUUUACUUACUUUGCUGGGCAGCCACAAGCAAAUGCAUUUGUGUUAGAAAAUGGGUACUUUCGACCUCAAAUACCUAUUUCUUACCAUUUUCAGCCACCUGUUUUUUCACAAUGUGCUUAUCAACCACCACCACAGGCCGCACACCGAUAUCCUAGUCCAGGUGCACUUCCAGAAGUUCCUUGGACUUACGAUUCAUGGCAAGAGAAACCAUUUCAGCCAGGACAGUGA